GAAGUCGAGAGUCGAGAUCAUUCAGGAAUCGUUUGGCUUGAUGAUCGCUGAUCAAUGUUUGUGUACAGUACAUUCACAUUCUUGAUUUGCGACUUUGCGUUGCUUGAUUUUGAGGACAGCACCUAUUAGUGCUUUUCUUUACAACGCAAGGCUAAAGGAAUAGGAAAAAUAAGCAAAGCAUUACAAAAACCCUGCAGUUUAUUCUCCUAUCAACAAAAUGGACGAGAUUCAAAAAUUAAAACAACUGUCGCUGAUUUCUAAAGUUUGCACUGAAUUGGAAAACCAUUUGGGGAUAGCCGAUAAAGACUUAGCUGAGUUCAUUAUUGCCCUUGCCAAAACGAACACAACGUUCCAGAACUUUAAAAAGGCACUAACAGAGAAUGGCGCAGACUUCUCAGAUUCUCUUAUUGGCAAUCUGCUGCGUAUAAUCCAGCACAUGGCGAAAUUUUCCAAUGCCAAAGAAGUGGAAGAAAAGAAAGUAGACAAAGACCUUCUUUCAACCAACUUUCCUGGCCUUGCGAUUGCCAAUGACCCUAACUACUACAGCAAAAGUAAAGAAGAUUCUCCUAAAAAUGACGCUGAAGUGUCAGAUGCCAUGGCUGCACUAACUGCUCUUGCUCCAACCAGCAACAAAAAAAUUAAAGAAGAGGUCCUGUCUGAUGAUGAAAAUACAAAAAUUGAAAGAAAAAGCAGAAAAAGAAGCAGAAGCCGCGAUAGAGAUCGCAAUCGCAGCAGAAGCAGAAGUCGCGAAAGAGACAGAAAUCGAAGCAGAGACAGGAAGAGAAGAAGGAGCCAAGACCAAUCAAAGAGGAGAAAGAGCAGAAGCCGGGAUCGCUUAAGAAACAGAAGCAGAGACAGAAAGCGAAGAAGCAGAAGUGACGAACGAAGGAAAGAUAGAAGAAGUCCAGCAAGGGAUGAUUCUAGAAGGAACAGAAGUAGGUCGAGGGAAAAGGAGCUUCCCGACGUGCCUUGUCCUGGACAGAUCUACAAAGGAAAAGUAACCAAUGUAGUUGCAUUUGGUUGUUUUGUUCAAAUGGAAGGAAUGCGAAAAAGAUGGGAAGGUCUAGUUCACAUUUCACAACUAAGGAAAGAAGGGCGAGUUUCAGAAGCAUCAGAGGUUGUACAAAGGGGACAAAAAGUCAAGGUGAAAGUCUUGACCUUCACUGGCCAAAAGGUUUCAUUGUCGAUGAAAGAAGUUGAUCAAGACACUGGAGAAGAUCUCAAUCCAUCCAUAGUUUGGAAACCUGGAAAAGAAGGGGAAGAGCUGAUGGAUCGAAAUCCUGAUUUGCCGGUGUCAUCACUAGUUGAUCAGUCAAUGGCAAAACCAAAUGAGACAGGACGGGCUAGGAAGGUGCAGAGAAUGACCUCUCCUGAGCGCUGGGAAAUCAAGCAGAUGCUCUCUGCUAAUUGUAUCGACAAGUCCGAACUGCCCGACUUUGACGAAGAGACGGGAUUGCUUCCCAAGGAGAACGAAGAGGAGGCUGACAUAGAAAUCGAGCUUGUGGAGGAUGAACCUCCAUUCCUGCAAGGUCACGGAAGGAUGCUGCACGAGUUGAGCCCAGUAAGGAUUGUUAAAAAUCCUGAUGGCUCACUCGCGCAGGCAGCAAUGAUGCAGUCAGCGCUGGCUAAGGAAAGAAGAGAAGUGAAAAUGCUGCAGCGAGAACAAGAAAUGGAUUCGCAGGCCUCUGGCUCCAACAAAAACUGGACUGAUCCAUUGCCUGAAGAAGCAGACCAGAAUCAGGGAGUAUCUUCUCGAGGUAUGGGUUUGAUGGCGCAAGACUUGCCAGAGUGGAAGAAGCACGUUAUCGGAGGGAAGAAGAGCUCAUUUGGCAAGAAAACAAACAUGUCAAUAUUAGAACAAAGACAAAGUUUGCCUAUCUACAAACUGAAGGAUGACUUAAUAAAAGCUGUGACUGAGAACCAAAUUCUUAUUGUAAUUGGUGAAACUGGGUCUGGUAAAACAACUCAAAUCACUCAGUAUUUGGCUGAGGCUGGAUUCACUAGUAGAGGAAAAAUUGGUUGUACACAACCCCGUCGUGUCGCUGCAAUGUCAGUUGCGAAGAGAGUUUCAGAGGAAUUUGGAUGUCGAUUGGGGCAAGAAGUGGGAUAUACAAUUCGUUUUGAGGACUGCACAAGUCCUGAGACUGCUAUUAAGUAUAUGACAGAUGGUAUGCUGUUGCGAGAGUGCUUGGUCGACUCAGACCUAAAGAACUACGCGGUUAUCAUGUUGGACGAAGCUCACGAAAGAACCAUUCAUACAGAUGUCUUGUUUGGUCUUUUAAAGCAGUCCGUACAGAAGCGGCCAGAGUUGAAACUAAUUGUAACCUCAGCAACGCUGGACUCUGUCAAGUUCUCGCAGUAUUUCUUUGCUGCCCCAAUUUUCACAAUUCCAGGAAGAACCUUCCCUGUUGAAGUUUUGUACACCAAGGAGCCUGAAACUGACUAUCUUGACGCUUCACUUAUCACAGUCAUGCAAAUCCACUUGAGAGAGCCUCCCGGUGACGUUCUUCUUUUCCUCACUGGCCAAGAAGAAAUCGACACCGCCUGCGAAAUUUUGUAUGAAAGGAUGAAGUCUCUUGGUCCAGAUGUGCCAGAACUAAUUAUUCUCCCCGUCUAUUCUGCACUUCCUUCUGAAAUGCAAACAAGAAUUUUUGAUCCUGCACCGCCAGGCUCCCGAAAAGUCGUCAUUGCCACCAACAUUGCUGAAACUUCAUUGACCAUCGAUGGAAUCUACUACGUAGUAGAUCCAGGAUUUGUGAAACAAAAGGUUUACAGCUCAAAGACAGGCAUGGACUCGUUGGUGGUGACACCAAUUUCUCAAGCUCAAGCUAAGCAAAGAGCAGGCCGUGCCGGUCGCACUGGACCAGGAAAGUGCUAUCGUCUGUACACAGAACGUGCGUACAGAGAUGAAAUGCUGCCAACGCCUGUGCCUGAGAUUCAGCGCACAAAUUUGGCCACAACUGUGCUGCAGUUGAAGACCAUGGGUAUUAAUGACCUGAUUCACUUUGACUUCAUGGACGCCCCACCUGUGGAGUCUUUGAUCAUGGCUCUGGAGCAGCUGCACUCGCUCUCUGCCCUGGAUAGUGAAGGCCUCUUGACCAAACUUGGUCGAAGGAUGGCUGAAUUUCCACUGGAACCCAACCUUUCCAAGUUGCUGAUCAUGUCUGUCCAUCUCAAUUGCUCUGACGAAGUUCUCACAAUUGUCUCCAUGUUGUCUGUCCAAAACGUCUUUUACCGACCUAAGGACAAGCAAGCCCUGGCCGAUCAAAAGAAGGCAAAAUUCAACCAGGCUGAGGGCGACCACAUCACGCUUUUAACUGUUUACAACUCUUGGAAGACCAACAAGUUUUCAAACGCCUGGUGCUAUGAAAAUUUUGUUCAAAUUCGGACACUUAAAAGAGCUCAAGAUGUCCGCAAGCAGCUCCUGGGAAUUAUGGACAGGCACAAAUUGGAUGUUGUUUCAUGUGGCAAGAAUACUGUCAACGUUCAGAAAGCGAUUUGCUCUGGUUUCUUCAGAAACGCAGCCAAGAAGGACCCUCAGGAGGGCUACCGUACACUUGUUGACAGCCAAGUGGUGUUCAUCCACCCGUCUAGUUCACUUUUCAACAGACAACCAGAAUGGGUUAUAUAUCACGAGCUGGUUCAAACCACCAAGGAGUACAUGAGAGAGGUGACAGCCAUUGACCCCAAGUGGCUGGUUGAGUACGCGCCUUCCUUCUUUAAAUUCUCUGACCCGACCAAGCUGAGCAAAUUCAAGAAGAACCAGAGACUGGAGCCGCUCUACAACAAGUACGAGGAGCCAAAUGCCUGGCGUAUUUCCCGCGUUAGAAGAAGGCGAAACUAAGAUUAGAGGCUUUGUCAACGUAUUAUUAAGGUCAAUAUAAAUUAGAUUUUACUCCCAAAA